AUGAGGGAGAUCCUUCACAUCCAAGGCGGCCAAUGCGGCAACCAGAUCGGUGCCAAGUUCUGGGAGGUGGUGUGUGACGAGCACGGCAUCGAUCCCACGGGAACUUACCACGGCGACUCGGAUCUCCAGCUCGAGCGCAUCAACGUCUACUUCAACGAGGCCAGCGGCGGCCGCUACGUCCCCCGCGCGGUGCUCAUGGAUCUGGAGCCCGGCACCAUGGACAGCGUGAGAUCCGGCCCCUACGGCCAGAUCUUCCGCCCGGACAACUUCGUGUUUGGCCAAACCGGAGCCGGGAACAACUGGGCGAAAGGCCACUAUACCGAGGGGGCCGAGCUCAUCGACUCGGUGCUGGAUGUCGUGCGAAAGGAGGCCGAGAGCUGCGACUGCCUCCAAGGUUUCCAGGUCUGCCACUCCAUGGGUGGCGGGACGGGAUCCGGCAUGGGGACGCUGCUCAUCUCCAAGAUCAGGGAAGAGUACCCGGACCGGAUGAUGCUCACCUUCUCGGUCUUCCCGUCGCCCAAGGUGAGCGACACGGUGGUGGAGCCAUACAACGCAACUCUCUCGGUUCAUCAGCUUGUGGAGAACUCGGACGAAUCCAUGGUGCUUGACAACGAGGCCCUGUACGACAUAUGCUUCCGCACGCUCAAGCUCACUACCCCAACCUUUGGCGAUCUCAACCAUUUGAUCUCGGCGACCAUGAGCGGCGUGACGUGCUGCCUGCGCUUCCCGGGCCAGCUCAACGCCGACCUCCGCAAGCUGGCCGUCAACCUCAUUCCCUUCCCGCGCCUCCACUUCUUCAUGAUCGGCUUCGCGCCGCUCACGUCGCGCGGCUCGCAGCAGUACCGCGCGCUCACGGUGCCGGAGCUGACGCAGCAGAUGUGGGACGCCAAGAACAUGAUGUGCGCCGCGGAUCCUCGCCACGGCCGCUACCUCACCGCCUCGGCGAUGUUCCGGGGCCGGAUGAGCACCAAGGAGGUGGACGAGCAGAUGCUCAACGUCCAGAACAAGAACUCGUCCUACUUCAUCGAGUGGAUCCCAAACAACGUCAAGUCGAGCGUGUGCGACAUCCCGCCCAAGGGAUUGAAGAUGUCCGCGACGUUUGUGGGCAACUCCACGUCCAUCCAGGAGAUGUUCAAGCGGGUGAGCGAGCAGUUCACGGCCAUGUUUCGGAGGAAGGCGUUUCUUCACUGGUACACCGGCGAGGGGAUGGACGAGAUGGAGUUCACGGAGGCGGAGAGCAACAUGAACGAUCUGGUGUCCGAGUACCAGCAGUACCAGGACGCGAGCGCGGACGAGGAGGGCGAGUUCGAGGAGGAAGAGGACGCUGAUGUUCGUCAACAUCGCCCCCGAGGCCAAGUCGCUGCACGAAUCUCUGUGCUCGCUCCGGUUUGCGGCCAAAGUGAAUGCUUGCGAGAUCGGUGUGCCGCGAAGAUUGGCUGUGGCUCCUCAGCCAACGAGACUGAGCUACGAGUGAUCCAAGCAAGAAAAAUGUAGACAAAGGAUGGAUAAGCGUUGGGAUUAUGUUUUAACGUGUUAAAGGGCAAGGGGAUCCGCAUUACUUUU